AUGCCAGGCAUCAUACUUUCUCCCAGCGCCAGCAGCGAGGGCGCCAUCGCAGGCAUGAAGAGAGCACAUGAUGCGGGAAACGCGCCGACAUACGGAGAGCCACAUCCCAAGAAGCGGCAAGUCGUUCGGGCGCUGCACCACACGCAGCCCAUCCAGCACAUCGCCGAACCCAUCAGCGCAGAGCUCGAUCCCUUUGGCGAGAGCAAAGACUUUUUCGAUCAGCAAUUGCGCCGCGCAAUAGCGAUACAAUGCAAAGGCGUCGGCUUCGAGAGCGCGCGCCCGGACGCGUUGGAGGAGUUCCGGGCACUGGUCGAUUCCUACAUGACCAACUUUCUAGCACAAGUACGGACGUCAAUGAUCAGCUCGCGGCGCACUGAAACCGUAGCCCACGACUGGAUCUACGCCCUCACAUCUGCCGGCCUACGCGGCUCGGCUUCCCUCGAACAACAUAUUGACACAGGUGAAGUUCCACCAUCGGUACUGCAACCAUACUUUGAACCUCCUGCGCCUCCAGAGGCUCCGCCGCCCGACACUGAGUCCUUGCUGGGUCCUGGUCUUUCCGGCAAGGCGGACAAAGAAACGCGCCGUUAUAUACCAAAGCAUUUCCCCGGUUUCCCAUCAAAACACACGUACACAGCAACGCCCGUCUUUACAAAACGCGAAAAUGAUCCGCGCAAGAUCCGGGAGAAGGCGACUGAGGAGGGCAUUCUUGCCGAACAGAGUCUUCGAAAACUCAUGGCGGCACAGAAGGCGGGCGUCCAGAAACAGAACGUUGGCAAGCGCAAGCGCAGCAGGCGCAUGAAGGAGAGCGACCAGUUGUGGCAAGCCGCCAUGAAAGACCUGCUCGACGAAGAGAACCAGCGAGAGAAGGAGGAAGAGCGGCGGCAAGCCCAGACGGACGAGUACGACGAUGACUGGGAUAUGCCCCAAGACGCUCCAAUACGGCAGCUGACGACCGAUCGGAACGUCAACCUUGAGGAAGGCGUACAUGUCAACUACGACCGGAAAUACUGGAGAAAGUCCGCAACCGGCGCUUCAUAG